AUGGUCUAUCGAGCUUCUGCCGAUGAGAUUGAGAGAACAGAGGGUGCAUGGUCGUGCCUGGAGCCAAUUUUCACACCCCCGGGCAAGUUUCACGUAACUGACGCUGACCUGCUAAGUAGAUGGCUCGUGCUUUACGGGCAUGAGGCUGCUGCACCGAGAAUAUGUGUAGUUUCGUUGUCUGAAGCGCGGAGAAUGCAUUCUUAUCUGGUCAAUCUGCCGGAAAUCGGAUCCGUGGAGCCAGGCAUCAAUGCUGAGGCAAAUGCCAAUGUCAUUCAAUACACCUUUAGAUCUCCGGUGGAGCCCGGUUGUACCUUCGAGUUGGAUUUGGAAAGUGAGCUCACCAAGACUGUAAGCCGAUGCACGGUCAACCAUCCAGAGCUGUUGCAAUCACUGCAGUGUGAACGGUUGGAGUGUCCUAGCAGAGACGGAACAAUUAUUCCUAUCACUGUCGUACGGCAAUCCUCAAAUGCUGCAGGUGCUCCGGGGAUGCUUCCUUGUUUACUCCAAGUAUAUGGAUCCUAUGGUACUUGUUUCUCACCCGAUUUUCGCUCAGAGCACAUAGCUCUUCUACGACGCGGCUGGGCGCUGGCUUGGGCCCAUGUCCGCGGAGGCGGCGAGAAUGGACGAGAGUGGCACCAAAGUGGACGGCAAUUCAACAAACAAAACUCCGUGCUGGAUUUAGUAGAUGCCAUGAAAUAUUUGCUCGCUCAUGGAAUUGCAACACCCGGAGCUUUGUGCUUGAAAGGGUCGAGCGCUGGCGGGCUAACUGUGGGUGCGCUUUUGAAUUCGCACGCCGAUGCCGUUCUUGUAGGGGCCGCCAUACUGGAGGUUCCCUUCGUGGACACUCUUACGAGCAUGAUGGACUCUACGCUGCCCCUGACCGUACAUGAGUUUCAGGAAUGGGGAGAUCCUCGGGACACAGAGCACGAAGCAAACAUUCGCUCGCUGUCCCCGUUCGAGAACCUCGGAUCCCACCGCUAUCCGCCAGUAUAUAUCUCAUGCGCCUUCAACGAUGCAAGAGCUCCCGUCUGGAUGUCACUGAAGUAUGCUGCGCGCAUGAGAGCAAGAAGCACCGGCCUCCUGGACAGACGUAGCAGCCGCCGCCGCAGCUCCGAUGGUGGCUCUGAUGACAAUGUCGUUGUCUACUGCUCUGAUUCAGGGCAUGCCGGAGCGGUAAGUUGGCAGGAGCGCAAUGAAGAAUUCAGCCGGCAAGUAAGCUUCUUGCACAAUGCUCUUGGUCUGGAGAAGAUCUGA